AUGGGAAAAUCAAACAGCAAGCUCAAGCAGGAGGUGGUGGAGGAACUCACCAGGAAGACCUACUUUACAGAGAAAGAGGUGCAACAGUGGUGCACCAGGGGCCAGCUAAAGGCUGACUGCAGUCUACAGGGUCACUGUGACUGGUCUGAACCUGGAGAGGUCAGGGAGCAAGGGCUCAUCCACAUCCCUGUCCACACGCAGCAGAAAGACAACGCUCGGCUGGCUGCUUCAGCACGUGGCUACAGAGUCAGCCAGUCUCAGGGGCUGCCUGGGUACAAAGGCUUUAUAAAGGACUGUCCAAGUGGUCAGCUGGAUGCUGUGGGCUUUCAAAAGAUCUACAAGCAGUUCUUCCCUUUUGGUGACCCCACCAAGUUUGCUUCUUUUGUCUUCAACGUCUUUGAUGAAAACAAGGAUGGACACAUAGAGUUUUCAGAGUUCAUCCAGGCCCUGUCGGUGACUUCGCGGGGGACACUGGAUGAGAAGCUCAGAUGGGCUUUCAAAUUGUAUGAUCUUGAUAACGAUGGCUACGUCACACGAGAUGAGAUGUUAAACAUCGUAGAUGCCAUAUAUCUGAUGGUGGGGAACACUGUAGAGUUACCAGAAGAAGAGAAUACACCUGAGAAGAGAGUGGACCGUAUUUUUUCCAUGAUGGACAAGAAUGCUGAUGGCAAGUUGACCCUGCAGGAGUUUCAGGAGGGUUCCAAGGCAGACCCCUCAAUUGUGCAGGCACUGUCACUGUACGAUGGGCUGGUAUAG